AUGAGUGACGGUAAAAUUGACGAUGCUUUAUUAAAACAAAUGUUUUUAAAAGGUUUACCUGCACACGUUUCGGAUACUGCCCCUCUGGCUGGACUUGUUAACAUUGCGGAUAAAAUCCUUGAGAUUCAACCAAACUCCUCUAAUAUCUCCACUGUCGAGUUUACCAAACUAAUGUCCGCCAUUCACGAUCGUCUGGAUACAUUGGCUACUCAGAUCGCAGACAUCCGCUUAUCUCGACCUCAUCCGUUUCGUCGUGCACAUUUUCUUUCACGUUCACGCUCACCAUCACACUCCAACUCCCGUAGUCAUGUAUACUGUUGGUAUCAUAGUACAAUCGGAAGUCGAGCACAAAAUUGUUCACAACUUUGUUCUUUCCAACGGCGUUAUCCAUCUCCUUAUUUAUUAUCGGAAAAAUGCACGGGCCGAACAAUAGAGACUAGUAAAUUUCAAGGCCCCGCUCAUACAACUCGUCGUCUAACAGUUGUAGACAAGACUUCUGGUCUUCAUUUUCUUACACCGGAGCUGACAUCAGUAUUAUCCCUUUAA